AAGACCAGUUUAUCAGGCAUCAAAACGAAGAGACUAAUCGAAAUUCACUUGUAAAUUCCGUUAAUUCUUCUGCGAACGCUACCUAUAUUCUGACGUAGAGCUCCUAAGAAGGCAAAGCAAUUAAGGAAAGACUCUAUCUGCUUCUACUGAGUUGAACGCUGCACAUUUCAAACUCGAUAAAUCAGCAACGCAAGCGAAUUUCCAACUGAUGCUUUUAUGAUACGAGUUUAAGACUCACCGCUCAACUUCAUUUGCCGCGAGGUUGGAUAAGUUGUCGAAGAAGAAAGAAGGAGAAAGUUUGCAAUAUAUGUUUCAAAUCGUCGGCUUAUUAAACAACAACUGCAAAUCAAUUUCGUUAUCGCCGAAGCGGUUCAUGUUGCCCAACUGCUCAAGGGACAGACACCGAUUACUGCAGUAAGAUCAUCGCAUUUAAUUAUUCUUUGCAGUAUUAAACCGAUAGCAUGGGAAAGAUUUUUUCGUCCAUUCGCAGACGCUCGCAAGACGAACGUGAAGGGGAGGUAAAUGAACCUAGUCCUCUAGACCCCGCAUCGUAUCCAGCUGCCUGGUAUAUCUACGGGUUGGCAAGAGAGUACGUAGACGAGUUAAGCUCUUUCAACUCUGCAAAAAAUCUAUUUUCCAGGCAUCGACAUGGUUUUAUGAGGGAGAAUAACACGACAAGUACUCAUAAUGAUCUCCUUGGACCUCCCGAGUCUGAACGAAGUUUUGAAGAAAAGUUAANACAAGAUAUGCAAGGAAUGCCGGAUCUGGAGUUAAAUGAACUCAGUUCUCAGGACCAAGUGUUGGAUCCAUCUGCAAGGCCUAAAUACAGAUUGCCGGAUCUGUUUCCUAGGUCUUUGAGGGGCGAGACACAGCUAAGGCGACAAGAAAUGCAAGGAAUACCGAAUCUGAACGUGGACGUGUUAAGCUCUUUCAACCCUAAAAUAAAUUUAUCCUCAAGGAGUCGAUAUGGUAUAACGACUGAGAUUAGCAAGACAAGUGCUUACCUCCUUGGACCUCCUGAGUCUGAACGUAGUUUUGAAGAUAAGGUAAGUCAUCAUAAGUUACAACAAGAAAUAAAGGCAAACAAACCGCUCAGUUCUCAGAACCAAGCAUCAGAUCCAUCUGCUGCACCUAGAUACAGAUUGCCAGAUCUGCUUCCUAAAUCUUUAAGGGGUGAGACACAACGAGGGCGACAAGAAAUGCAAGGGAUGCUGGAUCUGAACUUAGACGUGUUAAGCUCUUGCAAACCUGCAAAAGAUCUAUUUCCUAGGAAUGGAUACAGUUUUACGAAGGAGAACGUAGACGUGUUAAGCUCUUUCAACCGUGCAAAAACAAAAAUUGCAAAGAGUCGAUGUUGCAUUACAAGGGAGGGAAGCACAACUUCUACAACUCAAUCACAAAAGGAAGAUUUAGAAUCUUGCGCCGUUGUUUCCAGUGAUGGUGGCACACUGAAGAUGAAUGGCGUCCAACUGACAUGGCCUCCUAAGGCUGUUGACGAACCUGUGACUAUCAAACUAACAUUGGAAGAACCCUCCAAGUACUAUGGCCUGAUAUUUCAAAGCGGACUUGAAAAUGAUCUUAUUUUUGGUGCAAGCGUUAUCAAUUGUCAGCCAAACGGUCAAAAAUUUAACAAAUCGUUGACUUUGAGAAUAACUUUGAACAAAUACGAGGAAACAUUUAAAAACCUUUUUGUUCUACACGGCAGAAAAACCGAAAGUGGAGACAUCGUUUGGGAAGACAUCUCUGAAAAACCGACCGUUGACGCUAAGAAAAGGACAGUAAGCACCGAAAUAAAUGGAUUUUCGCUGAUUGCUGUGCUGUUGGGAUCGAUUUGGGUUCACUCAAAAGAACUUGUGACGCGACUUAAUCUCAUGUCCUUCAAAUAUACGUUGUCCGUUCUGUGCAAAAGCGAUUUUCAGAAUGGUCCUUUCGAGCAGCUCGCUCUCGUUUUCAUGAGCAAAGACGCCUACCUGGAGAAGCAUUACAGAGAACACGAUGGGUCUGCAUUAACAAGGCUGAAGAGUGAUGGGUUUAAAGAGCUUGGAUCUUUGGUUCGACAGGAAACAAACUAUGUCUACAAUGAGGAAACCCUAACUGUCUCAAUUGAACUUGGACAGGACUACAAACCAGCGAACAAACAAGAUGAAAGUUUUGAAUUCACCGUCGAAUCGUCGGUAUGGUGGAGUACUGGACACGUCAUAAACUUGCUGCUGCAAAGUUCCACAGGCUGUACAAAUGCCAAGAUUUUGUGUGGAAAGAUUCUUGUUCAAGGCCAGUAUGGACAUGUGCGGGAGGACCACUUCUGUCAACUGGAUCUGUGUAGCUACGUGAAACGACUUCUGGGAGUAGAGAAGCUCAAUUCCAACCUCCAGCCCGUUGCCCAAAAACUUGGGUUGCCCACGGAAAAGUGGAGACAAAUUGUCUCAUAUUGGAAAGACGAGGAAAAACAGCUAGAAUCUAUAAUACUAAAUUGGAGAGAAAAGCAAGGGGAUAACGCCGACCCCGAGUUGUUGAGGAAAAAUCUCAGCGAGUUAAAGCCUCAAGCAUACAGAGUGAAAGAAAGAGGACAAAUGCACAUCACACAUUUGAGAGAACUGGCGACCACGAUCGAUCGCUUGGAACACAAGGAUCGUGACAUGAUGGAACACUUGAGCAGUGAGAUCAAGCACCUCUGUGGUUCCAUUUUCCGAGACUGUUGCAUCGAGAUGGCAAAUUCUAGGAGAGAUCUUGAGUGGGCAACUUCGACGGAAAAUCAUUCAGAUGUCCUUGUUACCCAUGGCAGAAUUUCCCAAGAUGUUUCUCGGCAAUAUGAGGAAAUUCGUCUUUCUCCUGUGCACUCCGUAACAGAAAAUUUCCUCUCUAUUGUCCCACAUCUAAUUCAACCCAUCAAACAAAUUUUCAAGGAGGAAACCACACCACCACUCCAGAAUGGAAUGAGAGGAGUCACCGGGGAGACAACUCUCGCAAAAAUCAAUUCAGAAAUUCAAGAUGCUAUGAAAAAGAAAAACAUUUUCAGACUUUUCAUAGCAGUAAGUAAUAUUCUUGAAUGUUUAUGCCACAGCAAUAACGUAGACCAGUCUCAAAUCACACAUGACGAGAUACGCGAAUGGGGCAGCUCUGUUAUGAUCAUCAGAAUGUUGAAAUUUUUGGAUAAGUACUUUGAAACCGCCGGUUCUGAAGCGCUGAGGCUGUGUGAAAGACUACGUAUUUUUUCGAUCCACUUGAAAGACAUAAUGCUGGACCAAAAGGCCUAUGAGGGAAUGUUCCUUAGGGAUUUCUACAACGUGGCAUUGAACCUAAUAGCGUUUUCCAAAUUUGAUCCGACACGAUUCUUGAGAUUUGAACUGAAGGACCCUUGUAGUUCAGCAGAUAUUCGAGGUGACGACGUGUUGAUGUACGACAAAUCAAAAGAAAUCUUUUCCCAGCUUUUCUGGAUCAGAAAAGAGUCUGAGGAAGAAUUACAACUAGAGGCAGUUGCACGUGUUCACAUUAACGGAGAUCUUCGCAGUGUGGGGGCAUUUGAAUCAGAAAUCACAAUACCCCAAGCCCGCAGCGAAGUCAUCGACAAACUUCCAAAACCCUCCGUGUGCGUUGUUGUCAAAAAAAAGUGCGAGAGAAACAUUGGCGUGACUCUUUAUGCAACGCAGAAGGAAAAUGUCUGCAAAGCCCUAGAGUAUCUGAAGCAGGAAUUGGGCGACGAGCUGGUUGACUUGUGGAAAGAGAAGAUUGCAUCAAGCCACCUUAAACUUCGCAGCUUUGCAAAAGCAGGCACAGAUGUCAAACUGCGUUUGAUCCACAAAUGGGGAUCACAGACGAUUGGUCUUGACAGCAUUGAUUUCAUAGCCCUUGCCGAUGCUAGUGCAGGAGGUGCCCGUAUGCCCGAUGCAAAAACAGAAGCUGAGGCCAAUCAACUGACGGUUCUACCAACAGCAGGUGACUCAGAGGCUGGCAGUUCUGACGUGAGUAGCUUCGUCAUGGAUCCAAGGCAUGCAGAGUUGGUACAGAGAGAUCUAAGAGAGCAGCGGGGGAAAAUUGAGAUCCACUAUCACCAAAAUUUUAUGAAAGGUCACGUUUGCGUGGUGGGAAAGAACACGAGUCUCAAUAUGCAAAUGCCAGCCGCAGCUUCAGAUCAAAGGUGUUUGGGGACAGAGGUCAAGUGAAACUCCAAAAAUGAGUUUAACUGCUGCCACAACUGAUGAAUAAGAAGACUGAGCACAUAC